AAGUGGUUCCCUUAUCCGUUUCCCUUCGUUCAAUCACAUUGUCUGGCCACUUUCGGUCGCCAGGGCCAUGACUUGUGACUCUUUUUUUUUUUAUUGAACUUUCGUUACUAGUACCAGACUAGCUUUAGACCUCCAGCGCCAAAGAAACUUCCCACCCUCGAUCCAGAGGAACGCCCGCCUCCAAUGAUGCUGGAUCCGGUGGCUCCCCCCGGCCGAACUAUUGUUGAAGGCGCUUGGGGCUAUUCCACUCUUUGCUCCCCUGAGGGGAUAUUUAGCAACCCUAGUGAGCCCUUACUUGGUAGCUUUUGCGACUACUUUAUAUAACUAGAAUCCACCCCCGCCUCGUUCCGUAGCAACGCGCUCGUCAUCUUGCCGUGCCCUAAAGACGGGGUCAUUCUUCUUUUCCCCGAUAGAUAGAUAGAUCGUCGCCUUCGGUGGGCCGUCUUUCUUACCCCCGAUCUCAACCUAUUUAGACGCUCGCCCCGUCGAAUCUCAAUCUCUUUCUCUUUCUCUACUUCCCUCGUUUCAGGAUCCCGAUUGCGUGUCGCACUCGUCUUUCUGCAGAGCUGUGUGACCUGGUCCCAAUUGACCUCUUUUCAGCCAUCAUGUAUUUCAACUACGCCGCAGCAACGCUGGCGGCCCUGCUUCCGCUAUGCUCUGCGCAGACAUACUCGCAAUGUAACCCUCUGGAGAAAUCCGGUUGCAAGCCCAACCCAGGUAUGGGCUCGAACCUCAACUCAGACUUCACCACUGGUAAUGGCGCUCUUGGCGGCUGGACAACGACCGCCGGCAAGGUCACCACCGGUGGCCAGGGAGGGGAGUUCACUCUCGCCAAGCGGGGCGAUGCGCCCACCAUUGACACCAGCGAAUACUUCCUGUUCGGGAAGGUCGAGGUGGUGAUGAAGGCGGCGCCGGGAACCGGUAUUGUCAGCAGCAUUGUCCUCGAGUCGGACGCCCUCGAUGAGAUCGACUGGGAAGCCCUGGGUGGUGACACGACUCAAAUUCAGACCAAUUACUUUGGUAAGGGCGACACUUCGUCCUAUGACCGUGCCACUUUUGUGAACAUGGCCUCUCCCCAGGCUGAUUAUCACACCUACACCAUCGACUGGAAUAAGGAUAAGACCACGUGGGCCGUUGACGGCAAUAUCGUGCGUACACUGAACUUCAACGAUGCCAAGGGUGGUUCCCGUUAUCCCCAGACCCCGAUGCGCCUGAGACUCGGCAUCUGGGCCGGUGGUGACCCCGAUAACGCUCCGGGAACCAUCGAAUGGGCGGGCGGCAAGACCGACUACAAUCAGGCCCCCUUCAACAUGUAUGUCAAGUCCGUCAACAUCGUGAACUAUACCCCCGCCGAGUCCUACACCUACUCGGACAACAGCGGCUCCUGGCAGAGCAUCAAGACCUCUGGCGCCACGUCCCCGGAGCCUCGCAGCACCUCGUCUUCCGUGGAAUCCUCGAGCGAGCCCGUCACGGAGCCCGCAACUGAGUCUGCGACCAAGUCCAGCACCUCCAGCACCACCAGCAAGACCACUCCGACUGGCUUCGUCACCACCACAACCGGUGCUACCACCGGCACCACGACUGGCUCUUCUUCCGCGACCACUGGCUCGGGUACCACCACUGGUGACUCCAGCUCGAGCACCGGUUCUUCCGGCGCGGGAGCCUCCCCCACCGGGUCAUCCGGUACCCCUGAGCCUUCUUCUGGCGCUGGAUCUUCCUCCGGUGCUGGAUCCUCUUCCGGUGCUGGAUCCGGCUCUUCGUCGGGCACGGCUACGAAAUCUAGCCCCAGCGUUCCUCUCCACACCGGCGCUGCAUCUCUCUCUGUCGGAUCUCCCAUGGGUCUGAUGGCCGCCCUGGGCUUGAUGACCGCUAUGUUGCAGCUGUGAUUUUUUUUUUUUAUUUUUUUUCCCCCCCUCUCUUUCUUUUUUGUGCUUUGCAAACUAACCUAAUGAACCCAUGGCGGAUGGUGUGUAAUUGACGGGAUUUAUGAUGCUUUUGGGCGACCACGUUCCUUUUAUGACCUGCUGAUUCUUGUAUCUUUAAUUGAUAGCCUUAAGGUACAUAACAAACUAUGAAGAACAAUCCGGAAUCCAGCUUAUAUUUCAAGC